AUGAUUUCUUCCAAACGGGAACCUUCCCUCUAUACGGUGAAAGCUGUUUUCAUUCUGGACAAUGAUGGCAACAGACUUCUGUCAAAGUACUAUGACCCUGAGCUUUACCCCUCCAUGAAGGAACAGAAGAACUUUGAGAUGAACGUUUUCAACAAGACACACAAAGCAGACAAUGAGAUAGCUUUCCUGGAGGGGAUGACCAUCGUCUAUAAGAGCAGUAUAGAUCUCUUCUUCUAUGUGGUGGGAAGUGCUCAGGAGAACGAGCUGAUGCUGAUGUCAGUACUGAACUGCCUGUUUGAGUCCCUCAGUCAGAUCCUCAGGAAAAAUGUGGAGCGGAGGUGUUUACUGGACAACAUGGAAGGAGUGUUUCUGGUUGUGGAUGAAAUCAUUGAUGGAGGGGUGAUUCUGGAGAGUGACCCCCAGCAGGUUCUACAGAAGGUCAACUACAGGGCGGAUGAAAACCCAUUAUCUGAACAAAGCGUGGCCCAGCACAUAACAGAGAAACUGGCUCUAACCACUAACGUUCUGCAGUCGGCCAAAGAGCAGAUCAAAUGGUCCAUUCUGAAAUGACUCGGACAAGACACUUUCAGGAUUAUCAUGAAAGCCCCAGAGAAAAUAUUUAUUCCCAAUGCUAUUUUUUAUGAUAAUAACAGACUAAAGGGAGGGCUGUUACAAGCCUGUCGGCCAAUAGGCUGCUUUAUAGCAAUUAACCAGCCAGGAAUGGGAUUGUUAUGGCAUUUUGUUACAUUGUGUGUGUGACGUGUCAUUUUAUUUAUUUGGUUCGAGAGUGAUGUUAGACGAAUGGCAUCAGGAAAUGAAAAAAGAAGACUCGGGUCUCAAUAUCCAGCUGUGCUUCUAUAAAGGACAGUUAUUAUAUCAAAUAAUGGAUUAAAAAUACUGGAAUCCUGAUCAGUAAUCGAUAAUCUGCUGCUCUUAUUUUGGCGAAGCAGGAUCUUUCACUUUAACAGAAUUGGACUUGUUUCAGCUGUUUUUGCGUAUUGCUAAUAUAUAUAUAUAUAAAAAAAAAAAAAGCAAGUAUCAAUAAGAAGAACUUUUUCCCGCCCAAUGCUAAAUCUGGUGAUAUCUAUUGUGGGGAAUACACGGUCAAAUCAAUGUAAGAGUAAUUCAACAACCAAACACAAUAUGGAAGAAAAUGGGUGUUUUCAUUUGACCCAUGGAUUUGGGUUGGUGUGAAUUAACACAACACAACUACACACACACACACCACACACACACACACACACACACCACCACACACCACACCUUUGUGCACUGAAUGGCUCAGUUUAAUCCAGUUGUUGCCGUGCAUUACGGUCCAUGGUUUGUGUAAAGCUUAUUUAGACUUGUUAGAAUAGAAGGAUCCCUAUUGAAACUAAAAAAAAAAAAAAAAAGGUACACAUUGCACUAACAUGUGAAAUGCCUCGGGAGAUUUCUGGACAGUUAUUAAGAAUAUUGUCUAUUUUCUGAGAGUUAAAGAUAUUAACCUGUAUAGAUAUUUAAUA